AUGCCGCAGCACUCCCGCAAUCUCAUUCCUCUGCUUGUACUUGCCUCAUUUGCAGCUUUGAGUGUGUCAUCAGAAAUCCACAUUUUCAGGGACGCACAAUGCACGCAGACUCAAAACAACAUCACGGGACCGAACGGUUAUCCGGACGGAAGCUGUACCCUCUUUAGCCAGUGGGCGUCCGGCAACAACUAUUCGAGCUUUCAGGUCGGUGACCUGGACCCGGGAUGCACUGUGGCCAUCUACGGAGACGACAUCAAUACCUUCAUCUGCUCGUCCAAGGUAUUCGAGAUUGCUGAAGUCGGAAAAUGCUACAAUGCGUCUUGGGUGUACUACAGCAUCGACGGUUGCAUCUCGCCAGGCGAAACACCAUCAGCUGUUCCCAGCGGCGGCCAAAGCUCGCCGACAGGGGCUAUAGUUGGAGGCGUGGUUGGCGGUGUCGUGGCUGUAGCAGCCGUUAUUGGGGCAUUCCUGUACGCACGACGGUCAUGGAAACUCCAGAGUGAACAUCGAGAGCACAAUGCCCAACUACGUCAAGAUUUGUACGAGUUGGCUUCCAAGCGGCAUCCGGCAGAGCUGGUAGAGAAGCGUUCACCGGUGGAGAUGGAGGCAGACAGUGGAUUUGGAGUUGUUCCAGUGAAGCCUUACUCUGUGCCGAGCGGAGAGCGGGGUGAAGAGAUGGUCGUUUCAAACAAGGACCGGGAUAGGAGAGAGGAAUAA